GUAUGUUCAGAUCAAACUCACUGAGCGUCGCUGUUCUCUAAGUAAACGGUUUUGGUCAUAAUCACAUUCACCAUGACAUAUUUCCAUAGGAGGAAAGCGCACAAAGAACGCGCCAUGACAAGAGCUUCGCUCUGUGCGCCAUUCGUUUCUCAAUCAAUUUCAUGAUCGCGAGGAAUAGAAAUAUCUCAAAUGCUGCAGAAUGGAGGGACGCGUAAAGUCACAGUUUUGGAGGUAUGUAACGGUCCUUCUGUUUUUCUUCGCUAUUUUGGACACAUCGUCCGCUGUUACACAUUAUUCCAUCCUAGAAGAAAUGGAGGAAGGCUCCGUUGUCGCUAAUUUGGCAUCAGAUUUGGGACUGGAUGUGAAAACACUCAGCAGACGACAAAUGCGACUCGAUAUUAGAUCAAACAAAAAGUAUCUGGAUGUCAACAAAGAAACCGGAGAGCUCUUUAUUUUAGAAAAGAUGGACAGAGAGUAUCUUUGCAGUGGUAAGACAGCGACGUGUUUUAUCAAAAUGGAAGUGAUACUCGAGAAUCCUGUUCGAAUGUUUAAUAUUGAAAUUGAAAUUACAGAUAUCAAUGAUAAUGCUCCCAAGUUUUGGAGGGAUACGAUCCGUUUGGAUAUAUCAGAAUCUACAUCAGCUGGGGAGAGAUUUUCGCUCAGUAAUGCGGUGGAUCCUGAUAUUGGACCGAAUUCGAUUAAAACGUAUUAUUUGAGUGAGAGCGAACAUUUUGACAUUGAAAUACAAACAGGAAGGGAUGGGUCCAAAUUUGCUGAUUUAAUUCUGAAAAAGUCUUUAGACAGAGAAAAACAAGCUUCACAUAAUCUGAUACUCACUGCUGUGGAUGGAGGAGUCCCCGCGCGCUCCGGGACUGCUAGCAUUAUUGUGCGCGUUCUGGACACUAAUGACAACGCCCCUCAAUUCGAUAACGACAGUUACAAUAUAAAUCUAACAGAAAACGCACCUAUUGGAAGCCUUGUAGUGAAAUUAAACGCGACAGAUAAAGAUGAAGGCUCCAAUUCUAAUAUAAUUUACUCCUAUAGUUUGUAUACAUCAGAGAAAACACAGCAGACAUUCAGUCUGAAUCCUGACAAUGGAGAAAUUAGAGUAAAA